AUUUGUGGAAUGCAUACUCCACAAACCAAUGAAUGAUUUCGCGGGGUUUGCUAAAGUAAAAAAAGAUUUUGAAAAUUAAGUGAUACAUUUUCGAUAAAUGCAACUGAGUGAGAGAGCAAUCAGCAUGGCUAGUAAAUUUAAAUCAGCCACCGUAUUACUGAGUUGCGGCACAGCACUGUUUGGAGGCAUGUGUCUCGGGUUUGGCAGCGAGAAGUUCUACCGGGAAGUGGCCAUGCCUAGCAUGAGGGUAGUCAGCGCUGAGUCAGCCCACGUCAUUGCAGUGAAGACAGCUGCGUGGGGAUUGGUACCAUGGAACACUUACAAGGACCCUCCGUCAUUAGGAGUCACGGUAUGGGGUCGUCAGUUUAGCAACCCCAUAGGCCUAGCGGCCGGGUUUGACAAGCAUGCCCAAGCCAUGGACGGCAUGCUCAGGAUGGGCUUUGGCUUCGUAGAAGUCGGCAGCGUGACCCCUGAACCACAGGAAGGGAACCCCAAACCCAGGGUCUUUAGGUUGUCCGAAGAUAGAGCCAUCAUCAACAGAUAUGGUUUCAACAGUGAAGGACAUGAAGUGGUGCUAAAGAGGUUACAAGGCAGAGCUGAAGCUAAAGCACACUUACCGGCAGAAAAGAGAGGUAUCGUAGGAAUCAAUUUUGGUAAGAACAAGACAUCCCCUGAUGCAGUCAAUGACUACGUGAAGGGCAUCGAGCGCCUCGGACGUCUGGGUGACUACUUGGUUAUCAACGUCUCAAGUCCCAACACCCCAGGCCUGAGAAAGAUGCAAGGCAGGGAACAACUUGCACACUUAAUCGACAAGGUACUAGAAGCAAGAGACGCACUGCCUUGUACCCCAAGACCACCCCUACUUGUCAAGAUUGCACCUGACCUAACACAACAAGAUAAGGAGGACAUUGCUGCUGUUGUCACCAGGAAAGAGGGUAAAGUGGAUGGGCUUAUAGUCACCAACACCACCAUCACACGGCCUGCUAGUCUACAGAGUCCCCACAAAGCUGAGGGUGGGGGGCUGAGUGGUCCUCCCCUCAGACACAUGGCGACGGACACGGUCAGAGACAUGUACAGACUUACACAAGGUGAGCUGCCAAUCAUCGGAGUGGGCGGAGUCAGCUCGGGUCAAGACGCCUAUGAGAAGAUCAAGGCAGGGGCGUGUCUAGUUCAACUUUAUACAGCAUUAGCAUACGAAGGACCGCCCCUAGUCAAGCGGAUCAAGCGAGAGUUGGAUGAAUUAUUGAGGGCGGAUGGCUACAAUACAGUCUCAGAAGCAAUAGGUUCCGACCACCGACAGAAAUGAUAGUUCUCCAAAAAAGUAUCACGCACUCAAAAUGUUCUUGAGAUGUUAUCUCUCAGCACAUAGAAGUAUAUCGCCCUUUUAUGAACUUUUUAAGAAGCUUGCCCUCCAAUUUUUCUAUACUGGACCUACACUGCAGUAUAUUUAAUUUAGAAAAUCGUAAAAAACAGUGCAAAAUGUUUGGUUCUGUUUUGUACUUAUUUGGUAAAGAUUGACUGCAACCUCCAUGUUUUGAGCUUUACAGAAUGCAAAAUGCUUCAUACUUCUUGUUUGUAAACUUUUAAAAGGCCAUGAUUUCAUUGUACUGUACAGGGUGAGUCAGGAUGAUCUGGACCCAA